GUCGAUGAGUCAUCGACCGGCCACCGGCAAAGUAGCCGGACAGUCAGUGACACCUUCUUGACGUUUCCCCCAACUCUCUUCAACAUCGCACCGAGUCUUCACAAUGCCGACCCCUUCUCUUGCGGAGCGAUAUCUUGCGCGUCUUGGCAUCGCAAAGCCUGAGCGCCUGGAUCUCCCAACCUUGACCAGCAUACUGGAAGCUCACUUGCGUGCCAUCCCGUGGGAGAAUGUCUCCAGCUUUACCGGCACUCCUGUUAGUAUGGACAAAGAGGCAGUACUCUCCAAAAUGCUCGAAGGGCGACGUGGCGGCUAUUGCAUGGAGCAUGCGCUCCUGUCAAGGGAGGCGCUCGCCGCCAUCGGAUUCAAGACGGAGGCUAUUCUUGCUCGCGUGUACGCCGAUCCUACUGCCGUCACCGCGAUGGCCCAGACCCACUGCGCGACAGUUGUCACUGUUGAGGGUGGAGAGUAUGUAUUCGACGCUGGCUUCGGGCGCGCAACUCCAACCAUUCCAGUGCGCCUUGAUGCGGGCUCGGUUGCCCAAACCGGACCGUUCGGAUCCUACCGUGUCCGCUCUGCUGCAGAAGCGCGUGAGGCCGUAGGUGCACAGAAGAUGGGAGAUGAUGUCCUCCUCGUCCUAGAGUCUCGCUUCGGCGAUGACUGGACUCCAUGCUAUGGCUUCACUCCGCGACCAGUCGUCGACGCCGACAUUAUCGCGAUGAAUUGGUUUGUCUGCACAUACCCAGGAGGACUCUUCUCAUCGAACCUUCUCUGCGCCACCUGGAACAACAACUACCGCGUCACAUGCUUUGGCAAACACUUCAAGAAGGUGAAUCAGGACGGCAUCACAGAAGCGGAUGUCACAAGCCGUGAUGAGGUUCAACGAUGGCUAUGCGUCGAGAUGGGCUUGAGCCUCGACGCCACGACUGUCGAUGCCGUCUGGCAGAAUCUCAAUAAACAAGAGUAAUGCGAGUCUUGUCAGGUUGUUUGAUUGUUA